CAUUUAAUGGCGGUCGGGCUUCUUCUUCGUCUUCUUCUUCGAUGCAGACCGCUGUUCUUUUCCGUUUUCAGAUUUUAUUUAAUGCGCAAAAUGGAAAUGCUGAAACCGAUGAUUAGUCACCCACGUUGAGUGUUUGACUGGAAGCAGCCAGUCGCAGCCCAAAACCAAAGGCACCGACUUUUCUGCUCUGCUUCCCGCAUUUCUCUCUACCAGACUCGUUGAUUCGACCUCCGGAUCAGAAGGGCAGCUGCUGGUGUUUGUGCAUAAGUUUCCCGAUGAAGGCUCCUCUGCCAUGGAUUUGAGCGCUUUCAGGAGGCGGCCGUCGCCCCCGCCGUCAAUGGCCACUGACCCCCGCUCCACCGCCUUGCUAAAGGCCCAGCCCCGCGGGGGCCGGGCCGUUAAUGUGAGCCGGAUCCUGGCCACCGCUCUGAUCAUCCUCCCGGUCCUGGUGCUGCUUUCCAUCUUUUUCCGCGAUAAUAGGCCCUCCGAUCGAGCUUCCCUGUUCGCGGACGCUGGGGUGUUGGAGAAGAAAGACGCGCAGAAUGCUGAGGUCUCUGCUUCGGGAAGUGCUCAGAAUACUUCCCUCUCCGAUUCAGAUGAUGUUUCCUCUAAAUCUGCUGGCAGAGGCGCAGGACAGCCUCGGGACGAGUUGCUUGGCGGGCUUCUUGCUUCUGGUUUUGAUGAGGGCUCGUGCUUGAGCAGAUACCAAUCUUCAUCCUACCGCAGACCAUCACCCCACAAGCCAUCAUCGUACCUCAUUUCCCGACUGAGAAACUACGAGAGUCUCCACAAGCGAUGCGGGCCCCAUUCCGAGCCCUACAAGAAGGCCCUGGAGGAUCUUAAGUCCGACCGCGCGGUUGGGUCCACGGAAUGCAAAUACGUUGUCUGGAUAUCCUUCAGUGGAUUGGGUAAUAGGAUCCUGACUCUCUCUUCUUCAUUCCUCUAUGCCCUCCUCACAAACCGAGUCCUGCUCAUCGACCAAGGGAAAGACAUGGUGGAUCUCUUCUGCGAGCCCUUUCCAGAAGCAUCAUGGUUACUCCCAAAGGACUUCCCGAUUGCAAAUCAGUUCAACAGCUUCGGUCAGAGCUCCCCCAAUUGUCACGGUAACUUGCUAAAGAAUAAUAUGAUCUACCAUCCAGAAAAGCCGCUACCUGCAUACCUAUACCUCCACUUGGUUCAUGAUUAUAAUGAUCACGACAAGCUUUUCUUCUGCGAUGAGGACCAACGAGCAAUCGAGAAGGUUCCUUGGUUGAUCAUCAAGUCUGAUAACUACUUCAUUCCGUCUCUCUUCUUGAUGCCAUCCUUCGAGCGAGAGCUGUUCAAUCUUUUCCCCGAGAAAGAAACCAUUUUCCACCAUUUAGGUAGGUACCUCUUCCACCCUUCAAAUCACGUGUGGGGUCUGAUCGCUAGGUACUUCAACUCUUACUUGGCUCGAGCAGACGAAAGGGUCGGCAUUCAAGUAAGAACCUUUGACUCCGGCGAUGGGCCUUUCCCCUAUGUGAUGGAUCAGAUAAUAGCCUGCACCCAGAAGGAGAAGCUCCUUCCUGAAGUGAACGUGCGUGGGACAGUUUCAGCUCCUUCUGGGAGCUCAAAGCUGAAAGCUGUUCUAGUUACCUCCUUAAAUUUGGGAUACGCUGAGAAUCUGAAAAGCAUGUACUGGAUGCACCCGACAGUUACAGGGGAGAUGGUUGGGAUUUACCAGCCGAGCCACGAGGGUCACCAGCAGACAGAGAAACCUCUGCACAAUCGAAAAGCCUGGGCAGAAAUGUACCUCCUUAGCCUCUCCGAUGUUCUGGUCACAAGCUCCUGGUCGACCUUCGGGUAUGUGGCACAAGGCCUCGGUGGCCUGAAGCCAUGGAUCCUCGUGAAGCCCGAGAACCGAACGACUCCGAACCCGCCAUGUGGGCGGGCUAUGUCGAUGGAGCCGUGUUUCCAUGCUCCUCCAUUUUAUGACUGCAAGGCCAAGAGGGGGAUUGACACGGGAGCGGUUGUUCCUCAUGUGAGGCAUUGCGAGGACAUAAGCUGGGGGCUUAAGGUUGUUGAGGGCCAUCAGGAAUUGUAGGCUCGGGGCGAAUUCUUGACAGGUCUAGAAUGCGACAUUAAAUCUGAUCCGAUAUAUUAUUUGUUAGAUUGUUUGAUUCGAGAAGUUUGGUUUAGAUCGAAAUUAAGUGCGGGUAAAAUUCUUUUUCUUUCAGAUUGUUGUAGGUUCCGAUCCUCUUCACCUUAAAUUACCAAUUGAUAAAGUAAUUUCAUCAGCGAAUUCAGUGUUAUGGUUCUUGAUUCAUUAA